GUUAGAAGGAAGGAACGACGUGGAACGCUUUUCUGUCGGUACUCGGUUUCUUUCUUCUCUCUUUCUUCUCUUUCUCUUUUCUACCCGUCAUCUAUCACUCAAUAUAUAACCUCCUCUUCGUUCUUCUAAUAGAAUUGACUGUCAUUUGUCAAGUUGGAUCCUGGUAGUACGUGAACUAUUGCCCCCUGCUGCUGCUUCUCGUUCAACGGAUUGAGAGAGGGAAAUCGAAAGGUCAAUACAGAUCAUCGUUUCCACCGCCUCGUCUGGAGUUGCAGCGCAAAACCUCAGAACCGGGCUUCAAACAAUACAAUAAACUCGUCGUUACAGUUCCCCUCCCCCACAAUCUCCCCAUACUCCAGCUCUCCGAUCCAAGCUUCGACCCGCCACGACCAUCACGCCCAUCUCUUCCUUUGUAACGAAUCAACAUUGUUCUCUGGUCAAAUACAAAUACAAGCUCGUCAUAAACCACACAAUCCAACAAAUCCUCGUCAACCGAUUUCACCAUGCAUAUCAAGGACAUGCUCAACGACGCCGAGAGGAGCGGCCAGCCCUCCUUCUCUUUCGAGUACUUCCCUCCCAAGACCGCCCAAGGCGUUCAGAACCUUUACGACCGUAUGGAUCGCAUGUAUAACCUAGGUCCUAAGUUCAUCGACAUCACAUGGGGUGCUGGUGGUAGAAUUGCCGAGCUCACUUGCGAGAUGGUACUCCAGGCUCAAGCUGUCUACGGCCUCGAAACUUGCAUGCAUCUGACCUGUACUGACAUGGGUGUUGAGAAGGUCAAUGAUGCCCUUCUUAAAGCGUACAAAGCUGGGUGCACCAACAUCCUGGCCCUACGUGGUGACCCCCCCCGAGCUCAAGACAAGUGGACCGCUGCCGAUGGAGGCUUCCAGUAUGCCCGUGAUCUUGUCAAACACAUCCGCGAUACCUACGGCAACCACUUCGACAUCGGUGUUGCUGGUUAUCCUGAGGGUUCCGACGACAACAAGAACGAGGACGAACUACUUGACCAUCUCAAGGAGAAGGUUGACAUGGGCGCCAGUUUCAUCGUCACACAGAUGUUCUAUGAUGCUGAUAACUUCAUUCGCUGGGUGAAGCGUGUUCGUGAGCGUGGCAUCACUAUCCCUAUCCUCCCCGGUAUCAUGCCCAUCGCUACAUAUGCCAGCUUCCUUCGACGAGCAAACCACAUGCAGGCCAAGAUCCCUCAAGAAUGGCUCGAUGCACUUGAGCCUGUUAAGAACGACGAUGUUGCUGUCAGAAACAUCGGAAAGACCCUGGUUGCCAACAUGUGCCGAAAGUUGCUCGCCAACGGGAUUCAUCACCUUCACUUCUAUACUAUGAACCUUGCCCAGGCUACACGCAUGUUACUUGAGGAGCUCCAAUGGGCUCCUUGCGCUGAGCGUCCUCUUCAACAGGCUCUCCCUUGGAAACAGUCCAAAGGACUUGGCCGCCGCGAGGAGGAUGUUCGGCCCAUCUUUUGGAGAAACCGCAACAAGUCUUAUGUCAUUCGCACACAGGAUUGGGAUGAGUUCCCUAACGGUCGAUGGGGUGAUUCUCGCUCUCCUGCUUUCGGAGAGUUGGAUGCUUACGGCAUUGGUUUGACUGGUACUAACGAGGCCAAUCGCAAGAAAUGGGGCGAGCCCAAGACCAUUCAGGAUAUUGCUCAACUUUUCGUCCGAUAUCUCCAAAAUGAGAUCGAAUCUCUGCCAUGGAGUGAGGCACCUCUUACCACCGAGGCUGACGAGAUUCGAGAGGAGCUUAUUGAGCUGAACAAACGAGGAUUGUUGACUGUGAACUCCCAGCCUGCUGUCAAUGGUGUCAAGUCUUCUCACCCUGUCCACGGCUGGGGCCCUGACAACGGUUAUGUCUACCAGAAGUCAUACCUUGAGUUACUGGUGCACCCUGAUGUCUUCGACAAGAUGAUCACUCGCAUUGAGAACCACCCUGAUCUGACCUACUACGCUGUGACUAAGGACGGCGAGCUCCGAUCUAAUGUGACAUCUGAUGGCCCCAACGCAGUGACAUGGGGUGUCUUCCCUGGAAAGGAGAUUGUGCAACCAACCAUUGUCGAGAGCAUCAGUUUCCUUGCAUGGAAGGACGAGGCAUUCCGACUGGGUGUCGAUUGGGCUCACUGUUAUGACAUGAGCUCGCCUAGCCGAGCUCUGCUUGAGGGUGUCAUGAAUGACUGGUACCUCGUCAACAUCGUGAACAACGAUUUCCACGACAACAAAACCAUCUUCGAGCUUCUGAAGGGCCUCGAGGUCAAGGACCUCACCACUCCUGCGACUCCUUUGACUGAGUCUGUAGGUAAUGGCGCCGUAGAUACCGAACCUAUUGCCAACGGUACUGCAGCCACUGCAGUUGCGAACUAGAUGUUCUCGCGCAGUGGUACCCGAUGCGAUGGUUUACCAAGAUGCCCAGCAUCUUGCCCAAAGUAAAUCUCUGUUAUGAUUGCAGAGCGAUUGCAAGUAUGCAUCAUCGGGGCGUUGCUGUGCACUUCCUCUAACUUUAACGACCACUGCUUUUUUCUUCCUUUGAUUUCUUUUUUUGAUUUUCGGGUUUGGGUAUAAUAGCAUCACCAAGGUGUCUUUUUCAACAAAAAGUUACCAGGGAUACGGGGGCAGCAUUUUAAAAAGGCGCAAGAUACGAAAAAUCACUCGGCGGGCGCAGACGACUUUAUGUUUUGGGGGCUUGCUUUGCUUGUUCUAUAUCUCAACGAUACCCCGCCAGCAAGGCCUUAUGGAUGGACGAAUGCAUGACUGAAUUUGAUUUCUUCCUUCUAUGCUUUUUACUUUUUUUUUCUUUCCCGACGAACGGGAAGAAAGUAUACAGAGUGGAUGAUGGGGACGUGGAAAAGAUUUAAAGGCAAAGUUUGGCUAUCAUGAUGGACUCAAGCAACAGCUAGACAUUGCUGAUGCUCGGAACCAGCAAUUGACUUGAUAUCUAGUCCCGAUAUUGGGCUACGAUGAUACUUUACGCUCUCCCAUACCGACCCUUUGAGUGACUUGAGUGAAAUGUCCAAAGUCCAUCGUUAUCCUUUCUUCUACCCAGGCUGGAAUUGUGUUGUACACGAUAAAAAAUAUUACCGUCAAAUGGGCUACGAAUUAAAUUCCUCCGCUCUCACCAUGCAUCUUCCUCAGCCACUUCAUAAUCCAUAUUCACCGCCCUCUCUUCCCGCUGUGGUUCUGCGCUCUUCUCCCGUCUAGGCUGAUCAUCGAAGUCCGCCAUAGCAUCGUCCUCUACACCAUGCCGUGGCGCAUCAUCAUUGCCAAGGGUCUUGACAGGCGGCAGAGGUGUAUUCACCCACGCAAGCUCAAGACGUCCCUCAAUGCCAGGCAGUUCCUUGCCAUUCAGACUAUAGUAGAACUUCUCUGCUGUUUUACGGUCUUGGAAAG